GCUGACGUAGGAGGACUCGUGCUUAGACGGUUCGCGGGAAACGUCCCAAAACAAAUCCGUUCUUGGUGGGCACGCGGAACCUCUGCCGGAGCGUUGAUUAACCCAUCAGCCUGUCUAAUAGAGCUGACCAGCAGGUAUUUUUAUUAGCAGCUGAUAUUUUAACUGAAGCUAACAGCGGGUUACCCCACUGAUAGCAUCACGAGCUAAUAAACGCUAGCUACGUUAGUUAGCUCAGGCUAACACAGUACAGCCAGCAGGAGCCACUCAGUUAGCAUAGGCUAGCUCCUCGGCUGUGAGCCUUUAUCCGCUGAAGACGCUUCAGAGAGCGGGGAAACAUGGCAGAGAGGCCCGAAGACCUGAACCUCCCCAACGCGGUCAUCACCAGGAUCAUUAAGGAGGCGCUCCCAGAUGGGGUGAAUGUGUCCAAAGAAGCCCGCCGAGCCAUUUCACAAGCUGCCAGCGUGUUCGUGUUGUAUGCCACGUCCUGUGCAAACAACUUUGCCAUGAAGGCCAAGAGGAAAACUUUGAAUGCCGGGGAUGUCCUGGCAGCAAUGGAGGAGAUGGAGUUUGAACGUUUCCUGGAGCCGCUCAGAGAAGCUCUGGAGGUUUAUAAGAAAGGCCAGAAAGGAAAGAAGGAAGUGUCUGAGCAGAAGCGGAGAGAUAAAGAGAAGAAGAACGACUCUGAGAACGACAAGAGCCGAGAGGAGGAAGAGGAGGAGGAGGAGGAGGAGCGUAUGGAGGAGGAACCUGAGGCCGAGAACGAGGCGGCGGAGGAGGACGAGGAGGUUGAGAACUGAUGGACCAUCACAACAUGUCGAAUCUCCAGCCAAGCGUGAUGUGUUCAGGUGCUGCUGGGUCAUCAGAGAGCCGUCAUGAAUCAGUGUGUGAUCAAUGAUGAGCUCAUCAGAUAUGAAGGGAUUUUUAUUGUGGCGGUGCUGCGGCAGUCUUCCUGCAAACGAAAGCACAAAGUCAGACAUCAUCAGCUCUUCCUUUUUUUUUGUCUUUUCUAUUUUUGUUUUCAUACAGACGGGAUGUGUGACCGUUAACCAGCGCUAGUUAGUGUUCAUGUUGGAAUAAAAAGAUUUAUGUUCAGUUAGCUUUUCUUUCAGUCCGCCACAUGAGGGAGUGAGAACACAGCAACAUCAGCAUCUGCUUCCUGAUAGGACGGUCAUCAUGGCAGAAUAUUUAGCUUAAGUCUGACUGUCAGAGCCAGAUGAUGAAUGCCUGAUACCACAGAAACACCUGCUGUCGUAUAAUCAGUGUCUGAACAUGCUGGAAAGCUCUGAUACAGUGACUAAACUGUGCUAAAACAUCGGCAACAGCUUUGAAUGGGGGCGGUUUUUAUGUUUCUGUGCAGUUUGGUCAGUGUGCAGCAGUUUCUCCAGCAUUUUUAUGAGGGAUUCCUUCUCUCCUACAUGUCAGUCACAUAAUGUAGAUUUAGUUUCAGAUCAUUAAAAUAUUAAACCAGGCACACAAAAGCCUGUAAUGUGAUGAGAGUUUAACCUAGUAAAAUAAAAGACGUCACACAAGCAGUCACAUGGGGCUGGCCAGAUAUCUACUGAGUAAACCAGAGGCCAAAAGAGCGUAGGUACUUUUCAUAAAUGAAUCCCAUCUAUGUGCUUUGGUUCUCUAGAACACCUUCGCCCACAGUCACCUACGGUGAAACUGAAACUCCACUAGCUGCCCACUGCUCCCACCCCAUCUCUAAAGUGAGAAACAGACGGCGUUCAGGAGCCUUCAGGGUUAAUUCCCCAUGUUAAACUGAUUCAUCAGUACUUAUCAAAAUAGAAUAACAAAGGUUUUAUUGUUUUAAAAAAACACCAGAACUUUAAAUAGAAGAUAUGAACGUGUACUAAACUAAAUAGAAAAUGCUUUCUGAACAUGAGAUGCGAAACUUCAGAAGCCAAACAGGAAAAAUCAGAGCCUGGAAUCUGGAGCGUGUUGAUGGAAGGUUGCGUGUUUCUCUCCUUCAUGUCUCAUCUCCUCUCUGGUCUUCGUUCCAGCGUUAGGACCCCGUUUGUGUUUUUAUUUCAGAGACUUUGUGCUCGGACAUGUAGGCAGAUCUGUGAGCCGGUUUAAUGAUGGAGUCUCUGAGAAUGAUUUAAGAUGUGUGGAUUAGAAGAAUUUUGGACUCGCUUUAGUGAAAGCAGCUGUACCGGUGUACGUCAGCCUUUUUCAUUUUUGAACAUUUCUACUUUUGUAGGGUCGUUUUUGAUGUUUGAGAUUUUCAAUAAAUAUUUUGUAUGAAAAGUUGAAGAGCUGUGAUUUAUUACUGGGUUUGAACACACCAGCUGAUGGUUAGCGCUGUGUCUGCCUAACAUGACUGAACAUCUGACAACAAAAUACCUGGGACACCUUUAUACAUCCAGCAGUCAGGAGAUUUAACCCAGUGGUUCACAACGUUGGAGACACUGAGAGGGGGUCUCCAGAUGCCCCAAAAAUACUAAAAAGAGCUGAACGGCCGUGAAAGGGUUAAAAGUUAAACUAUCUGACAUGUCAAGUUUUCAACAUUAAAGAUGAACGAUUGUUAAUAAAAGGAAAGUAAGUCAUAA